AAUCAAAUAUUUGUUUCUAUUUGUUGUUAUUUCCAUUAAAUGUAUCUAAUAUAAGGUAAAUAAUGGGGAUGAUCAUUUGUUGUACAAAGCUCGUUUGUGUGGUCCUACUGGCUUGGCAAUUUCACAGAAUUCUUACUAUGGCCUACAUAUGAAGGUUCCCUGACCAAGAACCUUUUAUUUCAGCAUAAGCCAAAAUAGACCGCAGUUACACAUAACGAGACCUCUGUUAAUCUAGGUGUGGUCGUUAACGGAAAGUCACCAGUGCUGUGUCGAUAUAGGGAGUUGCCCAGUUGGGGGUUGUAGAGGGUACCGCCUCCAGAACUAUCAUGCACGUAAUGCGCUCUUCCCGCAUCUUCACCACUAGAUAGUUCCGCUCAAUUGUUACACAUCCGCCGGACGGAAAAGAGAGGGCAGAAUGUUGGGUGAAACACUAGUUUUACUAUGCAUAUACCUAAUUGCAUGUAAAGCGAAUUUCCUCGAGGAAAAUAAAGUAAUAUAAUACAUUUUAGGAUUAAAUGCUUCAGUUCUGUAAAUUUUUAUUUGCACAUAUACAUCACAAAAAAAGAGUUACAAAAUAUUAAGAAAAUAUACAAGGAAUACAAAAACUACGAAAAAAAGCAAGUGCCUAGUGACCACAGUAGCUCAAGGCUUUCGAGAUGGUCACUACCACAUGAAAAUAUGGAAAUUUAGUGGUAAGGCGGAGCGGGGAAAGUGAUUCUCCUAUUCGAAUCAUACUGCAUUGAAUUCCAUAAAGGUACACGAAAAUAACGAAAAUAGCGCUUUCAGUUGCGUGACAUAAAAACAAUACAUAAAUUUAUGCAAAAUAUAGGCGCUGUUAAAUGGAGCUUUUGUUUGGCCAUCUGAAGUGGAGGAUCUAGGGAAUCCACUCAGACACUGACUAAGAAAGACGUUCUACCAUCUUUGUUUUGCCAUCUGAAGUGGAGGAUCUAGGGAAUCCACUCAGACACUGACUAAGAAAGACGUUCUACCAUCUCAGCAAUGAAGAUUUCUACACUCUAAAUUGAACUGACCUGCAAUUUUGAUAGUAAGCUCUGAAAAAGGAAAUCAUUUCUAGCCCAAGAAUGCAGGUAUAAACAAACACGAGGGAUGUACCGAAAGCUGCGAAGGAGACACAUCUUCCUAUUUCUUCUCGUCGUCUCUCUGAUUAUCUUCGUUAUUCGUCCUUUAGGAUUGUCAUGGAAAUGGACUGUUCCCAAAGUUCGUUAUGAGCUUGAGGAGACUGUUAUUUCAAGCCGAGUUCUAGUCAUUGGAAUGGACUUUCGUACCGCUGGAUUGAGAACUUUAAGGCAUUUCCAUUAUGUUCUUUUACUUCCUCACGCGCUUGAACGAGCGAAGUUGUUAUCGACCAUGGAAGGAUUAAGCGAUAGAGAUCGUGAAUCCUUGGUCAAAAUGGCGAGAUUCCUUCAUAUGUCGUUCGAUCAUAACGCAGUUUCCUGUCUCGCGAAGCCUGUGUUGCCGCAGUAUCCACCGGUACGAUUAAGGGGUUACGCAUACUCGGAUGAGAGACCUUGUAACUACGAGGUUAAGAACAUGACAAUACUAAUAGGCGAUAAAACUGAGACAACCUCAAAACAAACAGUGGACGGGUCGCAAGAUUUGGUCUAUAAAGAGUGUAAUAUCGCCGAUGGCGCUAUAAUGAUUCGUAGGGAAACAUUGUAUAAGAUCGGGUUGGACAAUUCUUAUGGAGAAACUACCAUGCUAGAUUUGUAUCUACGCGCAAGAGGCCGGUUAAAGAUAGCUGGGUUAAUGGAGUGUUCGAUGAGUUCAGAAUUAUCUCGUCUUGAUAGAGGAAUGGCAAAUGGUAACGCAACGUUUCUAGAUUACGUGACGCUCGGCGCUGCUCAUAACGUGACACGCAUCGUGCGUGACAACAGCAUUACGUGGGUGAAGUGUUCAUUGACUCCAUCUCUUUGUCCAGAGCGACCACUAGCUCCACUUUCGGACAGGGUUCUCCCUGUUUGCUGUAGUAGGCUACUGGACAGGCUACUUGUGGACACGGUGUCUGGACUGGGGCAAGUAGGAGUGGACUAUAGGAUAGAGUAUGGAACUCUUCUGGGUGGGGUCAGAAGCGGGGCUAUCAUCCCCUGGACCAAGGACAUAGACAUCGGCUUGCGAGAGAGGGAUUACUUCAAUGAUAAAGUAUUCUACAAACUUCAGCGUCUUAUGAAGCCGAAAGGAUAUCUUUUGCCUAUUAUUAAGGGCCAGCGUCGUGUCAUCCCGUUAUUUCCGCCUUUCGUUCCAAUGAAAAUGAACCCAUUUGAUGAGCAAUAUCAGUUUAGACUCUUUAACUCUGAUGUAAUAGCAGCAAUGAAGAAGCUUUUGCCUCUUAAAGCCAUAUGGACUAAUCUUGGUUAUGGGGACUUUUAUAUAGCUAAGGAGGAACGUUUUCGUAGCUUAGCGGCGGUUACUAUAAAUGGUAACAUUUAUUCAACCUUCACUAAUGCAAACAAAGCGCUAGCGCAAUGGUAUGGUCAGCAGUUUAUGUCACCGAAAAUGCGUAUCAGUGCGCCGAAUGAGAUUAACAUUGUAGAAGCUAGGAAGAAAAGGAGAGCAAGAGCAAAGAAAGCAAGAAAAGCACACAGAAAACGAAAAACGCGAAGAAAAAAGAGGAGACGCGACACUAACAGAAAUUGAGGGAUCGGCAAAUCCAUUCAGAUUGAUGGGUAUUCAAGGGCAUCUUUUUAAAAUUCCGAAUUCUUCAAAAAUGCUUUGUUUUCGAAUAUAUGUAUGAACCCUU